ACAGUGUUGUCUGAUAAUGACUACUUGACUACAGUAUGUCCGACUACAUGUCAGACAUGGAAAUGACGUAGUAUCCAUCCGCCCUGCGUACACCGAAGGUCUGGCCACGCGAGACCAAUCCCACUUGACAGAGCUCCUUCACUGAUGCGUACAGUACGCGCAGCAGAGAGGCAAUACAAUUGAAGCACAUGGACUACGACAUACGCGCACUAAAAUACUUUUAGAACGCGGAUGGUGCCUCCAGAAUUCCUAACAAACUCGAUUACCGACAAUGCGUCUCUACUUAUCCGUGUAUUGUGUCUCCAAAGUGUCUGCCCGUCUAGCGCACGGUACACGUCCACCAAUUCACGUCACUAUCACCCCACAAACGAUGGAGGAGUCAACAACAAAGGACGACAUGUGCGUUUGCAACAGCAGCGGCGCAUCUAGACCGGGCCUGGGCUGGACAGCGCUCGUCGUCGUUUCCCUUCUCAACGCGCUGCUACUCUGCAGUCUGCACAGCGUGUAUCAUCGAUAUCACGACGACAGACUGUCGAGUUCGUUCAGUGAGCGACUAGAUGCGCUUGAAGCGAGCAUGUCAGUCAUACAAUCGCGACUGACUGAACUGCUGUCGGUGGACGCGAGCGGUUCCGGGUACGGGAAUGUGAAUGAAAACUGGCGCUCAGUGAUCCGACACCGACGUUCACAGUUGGAUAAUAAUUCGGCGUCCGACGGUCGGCAUGUGGCGCUUGAUGUGGGCACGGCUAUCUUCACUGCUCUUCGAGCUGCUUGCACUGGGAGAGACAAACUGUGUGUGCCUGGACCGAGAGGAAUACCUGGAAUUCCCGGAUUGAAAGGUGAUCCUGGAAGGGAAGGAUUCAAGGGAGAUCAGGGUGAAUUGGGACACCCUGGGGUCCCCGGUGCGAAUGGCACUGAUGGAUUGAAGGGAGAGAAAGGGGCGAAAGGAGGGCUCGGACAGACUGGUCGGAGUGGUAGCCCGGGGUUGAAGGGCGAUCGGGGUGAACCGGGGUUAGAAGGUAGUGCUGGUGCGACCGGUGUACAAGGUGUGCCUGGACCGAGAGGACUACAGGGUAUCCCCGGUCUUGAAGGGAAGGGUGGACGUCAAGGCGUGAAGGGACAUCAAGGCGUGAAGGGAGAGAAGGGCGAGAGCGGUUUUAUUCAAGUCGUUUCGAAUCAGAGACAAGAGAGUGAGAGAGUGUCACCGACGAAUAGUACGGUGAUCAAGGGAAGUGGCAAGUCGGAGUUAACUGUGAGUAACCCGGGUGCACACAAGGCGUGUAACUCGGGUCUGUAUAAGAUGCUGAAUGACUCGUGGAGACGUGAGUCUGUAAUGUUUGAAGGCGAGUGUACACAGCAGUACAACGUCUUCGAAUCCGGAUGGUAUCGUUUUAGCGAGAGUCUCGGAGGCAUGAUCAAAACUCGUUGUCCGAAGGUGCAAGGAUGUCGUGCCGUCGCUCCGGGAUGGAUGAAAGGCAGGCAUCCAAACAGAGUCGGAGUGGCGAUAUCGCGUCUCGUCUGCUUCAGUUUAGACGGCGAUUGCUGCUUGAAAUCGGUCAGAAUGGAUGUGAUCAACUGUGGGGAUUACUAUGUCUACAAUCUUCCUGAAAUACCAAGAUGUUACUACGAGUACUGUGGAAACGCAUAGUAGAACUUUGAAAAAUCUUGUUUGUUGGGCUUGGAUCCGGCAUAGUCAUUCGAUUACUUGCUUGUUGUUUCAACAAUAAAUGUUGUAUGUAA